AUGGCAGGCCUUAUGGAAGCUAGCCAAGGAAGUGAGAUAUGGCUGGGACAAGGCUUUGAGGACAGUCGUUUUGAACUCAGAGAUCCAAUCAGUCCUAGCUUUCAUUGCCCUAUAUGUAUGAACGUUCUUAACGACCCAGUGAUGUGUCGAAACAACCAACACUAUUUCUGCAGAGCAUGUAUCAGCAAACAUCUAACAAAUACCCACAACUGUCCAACAUGUCAAGAUGAGUUGACGGAGGACACGUUGGUCCAAGCAUCGAGAAUCGUGCUAGAGUUUUUAUCUGAGCUCAGAAUUCGUUGUGAUUUCUUCAACCGUGGUUGUCGUGAUGUUAUGAAGUUAAGUGAUCUAGAACGUCAUGUCAGUAUGUGUGGCUUUGCUGCAGUGAAGUGUUCUAACAAAGGUUGUGAGGUGCUCAUCAAUAGACAAGAUAAGUUACAUCAUGAGGCUGAGGUCUGCGAGUUUAG